UCUUUUCCCUUUUACACACUUUAACAUAACAACACUCUGUACUCCAAAUACAGCAACCGUCACUUUCUUCGAAUUUCCCCAAUUCUCUUUAUCUUCUCUUUUUUUUUUUCACUAACGCCAGUGAAAUGCUUUGAAGCUCUGUAAAGAGAUCUACGAUAGUUUUUUGAAAAUGCCGAGGCAGAAUCAAACGGUGGAGAAUCUGCUACUCCUGGGGAAAAUCAGGAAACGAGGAUGCUCCUCUCCCACCUCCUCCACUUCCUCCGUUCUCAGGGAAGGUUACCGUUUCAAGAGAGCGAUCCUCGUCGGAAAAAGAGGAGGAUCCACCACUCCUGUCCCCACGUGGAGGCUCAUGGGCCGAUCUCCCUCUCCCGCCGCCGCUGCUUCUCCGGGACACGCGCCGUCGUCGCAGUGCGGGAGCAAGACCGGGAAAUUACCAGCUGCUCCUGUUUCGGCGAGGAAGCUGGCUGCGACUCUGUGGGAGAUGAACGAGAUGCCUUCGUCCAGGGAAGAGGCGGCAGCGGCGCCGCCUACGAGUAGGAAAGGUAGGAAGGAGAGAAUCCCGCCGCAGCUUCCUCUUCCUCCUCCGCCGAGGUCGGCUCGGUCCGGCUCUCUGCCGCCUCACCUCUCUGAUCCGUCUCAUAGCCCUGUCUCUGAGAGGAUGGAAAGAUCAGGGACUGGAAGUCGACAGAGAAGAGCAUCCUCUACUGUGCAGAAGCUUAAGCUUGGAGAUCACAAUGUGGGGGCUAGGGAUCGUAUCAGCAAUGCUAGCUUCAUGGAUAUUGAGACAAGAUCACGGGCGGAGACACCGACUGGGUCGUCAACUCUUGGAGUCAAAACACGUUUGAAGGAUUGUAGUAACGCUCUCACAACAUCAAAAGAGCUUCUCAAAAUCAUUAACAGAAUGUGGGGUCAAGAAGACCGCCCAUCUUCCAGCAUGUCCCUCGUCUCUGCUCUUCACUCUGAGCUCGAGAGAGCUCGCUUACAGGUCAACGAGGUUAUCCGCGAACACAAACCGGAACACAACGACGUUACCUACUUGAUGAAACGUUUCGCUGAAGAGAAAGCAGCGUGGAAAAGCCACGAGCAGGAAGUAGUCGAGGCCGCGAUAGAAUCCGUCGCUGGCGAGCUCGAAGUGGAGAGGAAACUGAGGAGAAGGUUCGAGAGCUUGAACAAGAAACUAGGCAAAGAACUAUCCGACACAAAAGCAGCUCUGAUGAAAGCGGUGAAGGAGAUAGAGAACGAGAAGCGAGCGAGGGUGAUGGUCGAGAAAGUCUGCGACGAGCUAGCGAGAGACAUCAGCGAAGACAAAGCCGAAGUGGAAGAGCUGAAGAGAGAGUCUUUCAAAGUCAAAGAAGAAGUCGAGAAGGAGAGGGAGAUGCUGCAGUUAGCCGAUGCGUUGCGCGAGGAGAGAGUGCAGAUGAAACUCUCGGAGGCUAAGCACCAGCUCGAGGAGAAAAACGCAGCUGUUGAUAAGCUAAGGAACCAGCUCCAAACCUACCUCAAAGCUAAAAGAUGCAAAGAGAAGACCCUUGAACCACCUCAGACUGAAGAGUACCUGAACCACCACCACCACAUGGGUUUCGGUUCGUAUAACAUCGAAGAUGGAGAAGUUGAGGACGAAAACGAAGAAGAAUCAGCCGAAAGCGAUCUUCAUUCAAUAGAACUCAACAUGGAGAACAAGAGCUAUAAAUGGCCUUAUGGAGAAGAGAACAGAGUAGGGAGAAAGUCAACGCCAAGUAAAAGUCUUUCUUUACAGAGAAGCAUAUCGGAUUGUGUUGAUUGGGUUGUACAGAGCGAGAAGCUUCAAAAAAGUGGAGAUGGAGGACUGGACUGGGGAAGAUCUGUUGAGGCUGAGCCUAAAGGUUACUUGGAUGAAACGCAAGCUUAUAAACCGAGCAAGGCUUCUUCAAAAGAUCAUCUCCUCUCGGGUCCAAGACUAAGUAACUUCCGUGGUGGAUCUGUUUUGAAGUCGCGGUUGUCGGAUGCAGCCAAAGGUGAGAACCAGAAUGCUAGAAAAUCAAGAUGGUAAUGAGGUAAAAAAGGCAGUAAAUGUAUUCACAUUUUGGGAGCAGAGAUCUGUAGAAUCUAAAGACUUUUACAUGUACUAGUGAUCUACAUUGUCUCUUGUACCCGCUCGUUUUGUCAAGAGUGAUUUUCUUAUGUAAGUUGACAAAAAAAAACUUUAUUAAAGUUUUGGACUGAAAAUGAUCCAAAAUAUGUAA